UCUCGAAAACUUAGAUAUUGUCUCUGAGUAUCUGAAUAAAUGAACGUAUUUCCUUUUCCGGUUCUGCAUCAAAGCUGUAACCAUGCCGCUCGCCAUUGAUUUACUUCAUCCCUCGCCCGCGUCGGAGAGGAGGAAACACAAACUAAAAAGGCUGGUGCCACAUCCUAAUUCAUACUUUAUGGAUGUAAAAUGCCCCGGUUGCUAUAAAAUCACAACGGUAUUUAGUCACGCACAGAGGGUGGUCGUAUGCGCAGGAUGCUCCACAAUUCUUUGCCAACCCACUGGAGGUCGUGCUAGAUUAACGGAAGGAUGUUCAUUUAGGAGAAAACAACACUGAAUAAAACCUGGAGAGAGAGCCCCUAAUUUAAGAUUUAAUUUCCGAGUGUAUGAAGGAGUGAUAUUUUACAGACUCAUAAUGAAUCCAGUAAAAUUAAAGGCAUUUUAAAUAAAGGCUUUUUCAAAGG